AUGCAAGAGGUCAUUGCCGGGCUGGAGCAUUUCACCUUUGCCUUUGAGCAGGAUGUGGAGCUGCAGACAGGCACUGGGCUCCUGCCUUUCCAGGGCAUGGACAAGUCCGGCUCAGCUGUGUGCAAUUUCUUCGCUAAAGGGCUUUGUGAGAAAGGGAAGCUUUGUCCACUCCGGCAUGAGCGAGGUGAGAAGAGCGUGGUGUGCAAGCACUGGCUGCGAGGACUGUGUGACUGCAGCAACAGGGAGUGUUCCUUCCGCCACGAGAAGCCAGCUUUCAAAUCCCAGGACUGCCCUUGGUAUGACCAAGGUUUCUGCAAGGAGGGUCCCCUGUGUAAAUACCGACAUGUCCGACAAACAGUGUGUCUCAACUACUUCACUGGCUUCUGCCCCGAGGGACCCAAGUGUCAAUUUGCACAUCCUAAGAUGCAUCUGGUAUUCCACCCGAGUUAUGUGAAGCUUGUAAGCCUCCUCAGUGUGUCUGCUCCUCCACCAGAAAGCAUGGCCCAGAAGCACCUGCCCUGUCACCUGUCAGGGAUCAAGAGCAGUCUGUGCUACAGCAUUCCAGUGAGCCUGCUGUCAGCCUAA